AUGGGCGUGGGGGACGGCGAGGUCGCUGCGAGCAAAGAGAAGGGCAGCGGCGGCGGCGGCGCCGGAGGGGGCGGUGUCGAGCGGACGUCGCUGGACGGCGUGCGGGAUAAGAACGUGAUGCAGCUCAAGAAGCUUAAUACGGCGCUCUUCCCUGUCCGCUACACCGAAAAAUACUACCAGGACGCCAUCGCCUCCAAGGAUUUCUCCAAACUAGCUUACUACAACGAUAUUUGUGUUGGCACGAUAGCUUGUCGCCUGGAGAAGAAGGAAGGAGGGGCAGUCCGAGUUUACAUCAUGACCUUGGGUGUACUGGCACCUUAUCGUGGUCUUGGUAUAGGUCAUCGUAUAAGCUGUUUAGUUGGCACUAUUAUUGUUAAAGUGAUACCUUCUAUUUUGCCAUUAAUCGUGUACUUUCUUUUUAAGCCCCGGUCUAGAGCCCAUAAGAAGCUAAAAGUUCAACGUGAUGUGUUCUUAGAAAUCCUUAAUGUGCACAAGAAAACAUCAGGAAAUCUUGAAUCUGGUAUUCCUUGGGCAACUUCUGUUAGCUACCUGUACUGUUACUUGCUCCUGAAGAUGGAUGCUAGUUGA